UUGGUUGACGUCAUUGGGUUGUAUGAGGUGUUGUCUGCCUGAAUAAUGGAGGUAGAAGAGGAAAGGCCUGCGUGCAUCAGGUCAUAAGGGUCCAUUUAGCGUUAUCCCAGUCCUACACAUACCAAGCGAAUAUUUGGCAUUUCAUGUAGAGCAAGUGGUGGCUUCUAAUGUCGGACAAGUGCUGGCAGCAAAUGUUGGAGAAGUGCUGGCAUCUCAUGUAGAAGUGUGACUGUUGUUGGAGAAGAAAACAACAUGGCUGCGGUGGAGUUAGAAUGGAUCCCAGAAUCACUGUAUAACACAGCUAUCUCUGUCGUGGUGGAUAAUUACAGUCGAUCGAGGAAGGACAUACGUUCACUCCCAGAAAACAUCCAGUUCGAUGUCUAUUAUAAGCUUUACCAGCAGGGCAGGCUGUGUCAGCUGGGAGGGGAGUUUUGUGACCUGGAAGUCUUUGCCAAAGUUUUGCGGGCUUCAGACAAAAGGCACCUCCUCCACCACUGCUUCCAGGCCUUAAUGGACCAUGGGGUGAAAGUUGCCUCAGUGCUAGCCAAUUCUUUCAGCCGCCGCUGCUCCUACAUUGCAGAUUCUCACAUCCAUGUCAAAGAGAAGGCCAUCCAAUUUGGCUUUGUGUUGGGGGGUUUCUUGUCGGAUGCAGGCUGGUAUGGAGAUGCAGAGAAAGUGUUUCUUUCCUGCUUGCAGCUCUGCGGGCUCCACAGUGAGGUGCUACACUGCUACAGGGCCGUGGAAUGUUGUGUCAGGAUCCUUCAUGUGCGCAAUGGCAAUUGUAAAUACCACCUGGGGGAAGAGACCUUCAAGCUUGCUCAGUCUCAUAUGGAGAAGUUAGCCAAACAUGGCCACCAGGCCAACAAGGCAGCAUUGUACGGCGAGCUUUGUGCCUUGCUUUUUGCCAAAAGUCAUUAUGAUGAGGCAUACCGAUGGUGUAUAGAGGCCAUGAAGGAAAUUACUCCUGGCCUCCCAGUUAAAGUAGUGGUCGAUGUCCUUCGCCAAGCCUCCAAGGCUUGUGUGGUGAAGAGAGAGUUCAGGAAAGCAGAACAGUUGAUUAAACAUGCCGUGUUUCUUGCAAGAGAACACUUUGGGCUCAAGCAUCCUAAAUACUCUGACACUCUGCUGGAUUAUGGAUUUUACUUAUUAAAUGUAGACAAUAUAUGCCAGUCUGUUGCUAUAUACCAGACAGCGCUGGACAUCAGACAGUCUGUGUUUGGAGGAAAGAACAUCCAUGUUGCCACAGCCCAUGAAGAUCUGGCCUAUUCCUCAUAUGUUCACCAGUACAGCUCUGGGAAAUUUGAUAACGCUUUAUUCCAUGCAGAACGUGCCAUAGACAUCAUUACUCACAUUCUGCCUGAGGACCAUCUGCUCCUGGCGUCCUCCAAGAGAGUGAAAGCCUUGAUCUUGGAAGAAAUUGCCAUUGAUUGCCACAACAAAGAGACAGAAGAGCGCCUCCUGCAGGAGGCACAUGACCUGCACCUGUCCUCGUUGCAGCUAGCAAAGAAGGCCUUUGGGGAGUUCAACGUGCAGACAGCCAAACAUUAUGGCAACCUAGGACGACUCUACCAAUCCAUGAGAAAGUUUAAGGAAGCAGAGGAGAUGCACAUCAAAGCCAUCCAGAUUAAGGAGCAGCUUCUGGGCCAUGAGGACUACGAGGUGGCACUAUCUGUGGGUCAUCUGGCCUCCCUUUACAACUACGACAUGAACCAGUAUGAAGAUGCAGAGAGGCUCUACCUGCGCUCCAUUGCUAUCGGAAAGAAGCUGUUUGGAGAAGGCUACAGUGGGUUGGAGUACGACUACAGAGGCCUCAUCAAACUCUACAACUCUGUGGGUAACUAUGAGAAGGUAUUUGAAUACCACAAUAUUUUAUCCAACUGGAACCGACUGAGGGACCGACAGUUUGCCGUGGCGGACGCCCUUGAGGAUGUCAACACCACGCCCCUGCAGACCCAGGAAGUGGUACAAGCUUUCCUAUUGGCUCAAAGCUUACCCCACCAAACCCCAAUUCAGCCAAGCCUUGGGUGACAUCAUACAGAAGAUAAAGGCACGUGGCGAGAAGACCAGAGAGGACAUCAAGCAGGUACAAAGAUGCCUCUGUUGCAACUGCUGCUUUCAGAGCCGUUAUCUGGUGUAGAUGAUUGACUGCACACGGACACACACUGAUAAAUGUACCCAUGCAAUCAUACAAAUAAACAAUGUCACUGCCCAAAUGUCAAAACAAACCUAAAGUUUGCAUCUUGUUGCAUCUCAGAGCAGAAAACAUCCUGUAAGAAUCAUGUGUCCUAAAGGAUGUCCACACCAACACCCACAUUUCACUUCAAAAGGUCAAAGUUGCUUUUUAUUCAAAUUCUAACAUGCUCCAUGAAGAACCAAACAACAUUCUGGGGUCCCGGUGGACAGCAUCGAUACAGACAGUAAAAAAAUCUAUAUUAAAUAGCAGCAGGGUUGCCCGCCAUCCCUUGAAAAACACAACCAUCCCGUAUUUACAAACUAAAGUACACAUCCCGUAUUGAGUUGAAACUGUGGCCGUUUUAUUAGCGCGGGAAUCAAAAAUAGUUGGUAAAACGUCAGUGGAAUUAAUGAUUGACAGGGAGCUUUACAUGAAAUUUGAUGGCAAACUUCCUCACAGCCCUUUCCUGCUCUGUCAGCAGUGAGAGAAUAAAAGAAUAGAAUUCACCAACUCUUCUCUUCAUUCCUGUGAUGGUAUACACUUAUGCCCUUUGUGGCAGAGGGUGCGGGUUCCAUACCCGGCCAGGGUAACAUUAGGCAGUGCAUCCGGUGUAAACAUUGUGGCGACCUCUAACGGAGAAAAAAGCCAAAAGACAGUUUUUUAAGACACAUAGUUUCUUCAGAUCAUUUUGUUAUUGUGUACAAAAAUACAUUAUUGAACAAUUUGUUUCCCAAAACAUUCAUUUUUUAAAUUAAAGUUCAGCUUCCAGUGCUGGGUUGUCACAUGACGUCACAUCCAGCCUCAAAGAGAUGGGCGGCUGGGGACCAUUGGCCUGUGACACAUUCAACAAAUUAAAUUAAACAAAAAAAAACAACAAUGGAAAAAAAGAGCAAAAAGGUGUAAGUGUGAAUAAUAAUAAUACACUUUGUCACCUAAACACAAAGCUAACACAAAGUUUUAUUUUGAAAGCUAUAUAAAGAUUUUUUUUUAUUUUUUAUUUUUUGCCUUAUUACAAGAUAAAAAAUAUCAAAUGUCCCCUGCAUUCUUUGGCUUUUCCACUUUUCGGUGGAAAAAGUUUGUCCACCCCGGCAGUAACGGGUAACCUAAUUAAUUACUAGGGAUGUUUGAUGAUAUCAGCCAUUUAUUGGCAUAAAAAUGUUUUUCCCUAUAAUGAAAACCGCUGUAACCACUGUAAAAACUGCUUUAUAUAGGCCUAUGGGCCCCCCGUACUGGCCAUCAUUGAGGCGUCCCAUGGCGGCAAUAUGUGGAAAUACUUUGUCACGUCCUGUGUUAUUCCUCGCAGUCUGAACUGGGCUUGAUAUGUUGAAACCACGGUUGUGGGUGUACCGGAAAUAGCACCGACGUUGGCUAACUCGUUAGCUUGAAGCAGCACCGGCACGGUUUUGUUGUCUCUGUUGAAGGGUCACCAAAUGUGUAGAUACGAUUCACAACGAGACAGGAGUUGAGGUAGGUGGCACCAGUCAGUUUACUUUCCACUCAACUCAACAACAAGCAACAACUCUUUAGCAAAUAGCUAAGUGGCUACAGCCACAGACUACAACAACCUCAUUACUCAGAAAUGGAAGUACACUUAGAUAGGUAGAUGGAUAGAUACUUUAUUAAUCUCCAAGAUAAAUGCCUAAAACAAUAUUGUGGGUCACAACAACGUGAUAAUUCCAUGACAGGAGAUGUCUGAUCUUACACAUAUCGGUAUCGGUUGAUAUCGGAAUCGGAAAUUGAGUUGGACAAUAUUGGUUAUCGACAAAAAAGCCAAUAUCGGACAUCCCUAUUAAUUACUAUCCCGAAUGUUACAAUGCCCCGAAAGAGUCACAGAGUCUGACACUAUUUUUUAAACUUUCUGACUCAAACACGCCAACACUGUAUACAGUAAUCCUUUAUUUAUUACAGUUAAUUGGUUCCAGACCCGCCCGUGAUAAGUGAAUUUCUGUGAAGUAUGAUUCCUUAUUUAUAAAUGGGAUAUUUUGGUAGUUAGAGCAUAGAAAGCCUGUUUGCCGCCUUCUAAAUACGCUUUUUAACAUUAUUAGAGCGGUCUAGACAUGAAAUAACAACCUUAUAGUCAGCUUUACACGCUUAUUACCCAAUAUAGUAGACAUAAUAAGAGAAAAUACGACUCAUGCUCGUGUGUGUUGCAGUAAAUGUUUUCCGGUGCUAUAAUGUGCAACCAAGUCAGCUGCGGCUGCUUUCCGGCUUUUGAUUGGACAAAAUGAACAUGACAGCCAGUGAAUGUGUUUUUAUGUGGACAACUUUCUUUCUUUCUUUCUUUCUUUUUUUUUUUAACUCCACAGUAGUGAAAAUGUGCCUUUUUCAAAAAUAUCCGUGUUGGUGUGGACAUGGUCUGAGAAGAGCUGGUGGAAAGUGUUUAGAAAGUGAAUGGUGCCUUCCAAAAAGGCCUAUCAAAACCACAAUAACACACACUGCUAAGAUUGACAAGCAGCUAGUGCCUCAUGUCCAACCCGUUGCUGUUCUUUACACUUCCUCUAAGAAGAAAUCUCCACUUCAUGAAAUAAAAAUGGAGCUAGCCUCUCUGCUUCGUAUGAGGACCACCACAGCGUCUCACUUUGGGCACAUGGAAACAUUAAAGGAAAAAUGUUUGGAAUUUUGCCCAUCAUCCACAAUUCUUAUGUGAGACAUGAACACACAUCAUUCUCUUUGCUGUGCAAAGAGAAAAAAGGGAAAAAAAGAGGCAGUUAAGAAUGCACGUAAUGGGACACAUCUAUUCCACCUCCAAAGCCUGCUAUGAAAACACCUUCAAAAACCUCCAACAAGGUUUUAUGGUUUUCUAUCCAUGCUGUGAGCAUGUAGUAACAGGUACAUUCAUGCCAUAUUUUGUUCAUGAGCGGAACUUCCUUACUGGGUGCAUUGAUUUCACAUAGCAACAUAGAAAGGAACGCUACACCUAGCGUUAACUUUUCCAGAAACAAAAACACAGCAGCAGUGGCGGCAGAUCCAGUAUUUAGCGUAAGCUAUUGGUGAACGAGUCAUUGUGAACGAGUGUGUGGUGAAGCUAGUCGCUAGCUGGCCCGUAGCUACCCAGUGCGGCAUGGCGAGGUGUCACUACGCCAGUAACGUAGUUCUUCAGCCUAACAAUGUUAAUAACAAUAAGAAUAACAUUGUCGCUGUAGCAUGGUUUAAUAUGAAGGUCACAUUAUGUAAAUACUGUAGAGCGUUGUUGGCACUUUUUGGAGGUUUUUUCAGAACGCUUUGUAGGCGGAGUAGGUGUGUCCAAUUACGUGCAUUAAUUAGGUGCCUUUUUUAGCUGUUUUUAUAUCUUUAGAACACACAGAAGAGAGAAAGACGUGUGUGUUCAUGUCUCACAUAAGGAUUGUGGAUGAUGGGCAAAAUAAAAUAAAAAAAAAACACUUUUCCUUUAAACUUCCUGCUAAGCGCAUUUUCAAAGAUAACACACAAAUCCUGCCGCCUCACAAAAUGAGUUCCAGCCUUUAAACUUGGCAGAUCAGAGCUUUAUAUGCUGAAGUAACAUUGUUAUAUUUCACGUACAUGAACGUAUUUUCAACAUGACAUCAGAGUUUGUUUCCCCAACCUGGUACAUGAAAUCAUGACAGUGCAAUCAUGGAGUAAAUAUGAACUUGCAUACAUUGGGACAGUUAGUAUUUGAUCCCCUGCUCAUUGUGCAAGGUUACCUCCUUACACAAUCAGCAGAGGACGAAAUACUUCUUUCCCCACGGUGUAUGCAGGUCUUUGUACUUUACUUACUAGAUGAGGCGUUCAUUGUGAAGGAAGACGUAUUUAAAAAGUGUGUAGUGCUACAUGUACAGUCUUAUGUUAACACUGUGAAAAUGUUAUCAUUAUUUAGGUUUGAGUUUAUAGCUGUAGAUCAGGAUAUAUACAGAACGAUGGAUGCCCAAGUGUUCACUUGACAUGUCAUAAAAAAUAAUAAAGACAUUUUAACAGGGUUAGAGUGCCUUGGGUUUUUGCAGUUUUUGGUGUUCACUGAUCGGUACCUGCAUUCACCAGCCUGCUGUUAUCUGUCUUUCUGACAGAACCAUACGUAAAAGUGCUAAAUAAACCAUAUGCUUUCAUUCGUAUGUGGGUAUGUGACUCACUCACACACACACACACACACACACACCUGUGUCCUUUCUUUCUUUCCCACUUGGUCCUAUCAGUGUUCCCAUGAAAGUGCGUUGCUGUUUCUCUUCAACACUUGAAUUCACUUUCCCAGUAACAAUCAGCCUUUUCCCAUCACAGUGUUUGACACCCAAACAUUGUUUCAGGUAAAAUGUACCUGUGUGUAGAUAGACUAUAUUGGAGCAAUACCCUACAAAAUAGCAUAAUCACCUCAUUUUUUUAAAGUUGACUUACUGUCGGGGUAAAGCAGUAUGGCAUCCUCGCGGUUCGGUGCCUACCUGGGUAUGAAGGUGACGCUUCGCUUCGUUUUGGGUACAGUGAGCGUACAAAGGACAAAUCAUGAAACUACUUAGCCAAUAAAUACAAUUCUAAAAUACAAAAUCAACAAAUAUGAUAUACAGUCAUCCCUCGAUUAUUGCUGUUAAUUGGUUCCGGACCCGACCGCGAUAAAUGAAUUUCCGCAAAGUAGGAUUCAAUAUAAAUAAAUUGAAUAUUUUCAUAUUUAGAGCAUCGAAAGCCUGCUUGUGACUUUCUGAAUACAGUUUUUAACAUUAUUAGAGGCUUAGACAUAAAAUAACACCCCAAUAGUCACCUUUUCUUUUUUUACUUUACAUUGCGCAGGCUACGGGAUCAGUGCAGGGACAUAACAAACGGCUGCCGCUAGCAUAGCAAGCUAGCGAGCUAACUAGUUAGCCACUCCAAUGUACUUAUUCUAAACUUAAGAAAAUGCUCCAAACGGAGUGGGGAAGAGGACAAAGAAGCCAAAAACAUACCACUUCCACAUGGAAUGAGAGGAGACCCUUUUUUCACUGGAUCUCAGCCAUGGCAUGUUGGCUCGACUUUGCUGGUUCAGUAGCCAGUCUCCUUGCACUGUGAAAGGUAAUGCAAUUUAACGUCAUGUCUUUUAACAUUACUGAUGCCUCGUGACCACAAUACUACAUAUAACUUGACUUUUAGUAUUUUAUUCACUAGGCCAUAGUUAACCAUGAAUCAUCAUUUAUUAAUUAAAUCUUUUUGUAUUGUGAGGGAGCGAUAUUCGAACUGCGAUAUAAGAAGGGACGACUGUACAGUGAAAUCUAGAUUAGCAUACACCCAGUUGGCGUGUUUUUCGGAAUAUUUUGCCUGGGUUUGCGCACAUUUUCCCGUUAGUGUACAAUAUGGCGCGCAUUUUGCCAUGUUAUUAAUACACUGUAUGAGUCCGACCGAGCCUCACAGUGGCCUCGUGGUUACCAUGUUGGCCACACAGUCAGGAGAUCGGGAAGAUCUGGGUUUGUAUCUCCCGUUUGGGCAUCUCUGUAUGGAGUUUGCAUGUUCUCCCCAUGCAUGUGUGGGUUUUCUCUGGGUAGUCCUCCCACAUUCCAAAAAUAUGCAUGUUAGUUUAAUUUAAGACUCUAAAUUAGGAGGCUCAAACUUGUUUUCACCGUGGGUUACCCUCUGGUUACCCUCAUAGAGCCACCUGUUACUGAAACCAUUCAUCCAUCCGUUUUCUAUGCCGCUUAUCCUCAUUCGGGUUAUGGGAGUAUGCUGGAGCCUGACUUCGAGUGAGAGGAGGGGUACAGGACUGGUCGCGAGCCAAUCGCAGGGCACACCUAUGGACAAUUUAGAGUCGGCGUUCUCCUGACUGUGUGACCAACAUGGUGACCACUAGACCACUGUGCGGCUGUGAAACCAUAUAAAUGUGUAAUCACCUCAUGACAACACUCGGGCUUAAUCACGGAUUACAAAUUCAUUAAUCACAAUGUCACACUAUGUUUGAAACAUGCCCGAUUUUACUGUAUUUUAUUGAAAAAAAAGAUAAAUGACAUGGCAGGAUUAUAUAUACAGUAUUUGUAUAUACUGUAUUAACAGCGCCAAAUUAACUGAAAAUGUAAAUCAAGUUAAGAGUUGGCACACAUGUCUGAACACUGGUUGCCUGACACUGGUUUCUUUAAUAGAAUAGAAUAUUUGAAUCAAUACUUUAACUGUGUUAUUAUGAGCAAUGAGGAGUUGCUUUCAAAGACAUCACUACUUAAAAGCAGCAAAUUCUACUUCGGCAUUAAGAGUUACAAAGUGAGUGAUAAGAAUAUCCACUUUUUGUUUUUCUUUGCAUUUCUGUUUAUUUAGACCAGACAUACACGCAUAAGAAAUGUUGAGACGUUCGUGUGUCCAUGAAUGCAUCUCGCAG